UAAGAGGUGGCAGCGAGCCGUUAGCUCUCAGCUAGACUACACUCCCUACCAUCUAUUCACGCCCUUCGAUCAAGGAGCGCGAACUUCGGCAGGCCGUCCAGGCUCUGGGGGAACAGGGUGCUUCUGGUCUUUGGGCCCGCGUGACCCUAGGGUCACUGCGCUUCUCAUGCAAACCGGGACUCAGUAACCACAGGGAAGGUGGUCACCAUCCAGUGGCCCAGCCCCUGUCUGCCUGGCAUCAGUUGGUUUAUAGUGAGGAGAAAAGCACUUGCCCGCUUGUGUUCUGGUGGGUGGGCAAAUGAUGGAGAUGAGUACGAGUGCUCCGGAAUGGAGCUCCCCAUACCCUCUCUUCAGGCUGUCCUGGGACUUCUCCAUCAAACCCCUCCCUCGGCUGGGUUCUGGGUUGUCCACGAAAGUGGAAGGUCCCAGAUGUCCACAGUCCUCACCCUUUUCCGUGCCAGAACCUAGAUGAGGUUCCCGUAAUGCUUUCCUGUCUAUCCCCCUACCCGCUUCUCCUUCCUGGAGCGACCAUUACCACCCCCAGCCCCUCCCUCUGUCCCAUCGGGGAAGGAGGCGUGGCCGGACGCACAGCCUCCUAUAAAGGUAGUGGUGUCUUCACCCUUAACCUGAAGGUAGCAGUUCCCUGGAGCCUUCCCUGAACCCCUUUGGGGUCUCUGCCCCAAAGACCACUCUACUCAACUCAGCACCUCCUUGCAGGCAGCCUCAGCAGCCACCUAGAAGAACCCUCCAACGAUCAUGCUUUCUGUGUGUGGAUUCCCACUCUCUGUCUCAGCCACAGAGCUGCUCCUGGCUGCCGCCAUCUUCUGCCUGGUAUUCUGGGUGGUCAAUGCCUCAAGGCCUCAGGUCCCCAAAGGCCUAAAGAGUCCACCAGGGCCCUGGGGUUGGCCCCUGAUAGGACAUGUGCUGACCCUAGGGAAGAACCCUCACCUGGCACUAGCAAAGCUCAGUCAGAAGUAUGGGGACGUGAUGCAGAUCCGCAUUGGCACCACACCCGUGGUGGUGCUGAGUGGCCUGGACACCAUCCGGCAGGCCCUAGUGAGGCAGGGUGAUGACUUCAAGGGCCGGCCAGACCUCUACAGCUUCAGCUUUAUUACCGAUGGCCAGAGCUUGACCUUCAACCCAGACUCUGGACCAGUGUGGGCUGCCCGCAAGCGCCUGGCCCAGAGUGCCCUGAAGAGUUUCUCCAUAGCCUCGGACCCUGCUUCUGCAUCUUCCUGCUACUUGGAGGAGCAUGUGAGCAAGGAGGCUGAGUGUCUAAUCAGCAAGUUCCAGGAGCUAAUGGCAGAAGUUGGGCACUUUGAACCCUACAGAUAUGUGGUGGUGUCUGUGGCCAAUGUCAUCUGUGCCAUUUGCUUUGGCCAGCGCUAUGACCAUAACAACCAAGAACUGCUUGAGCUAGUUGACCUGAAUAAUGAGUUUGGGGAGGUGACUGGCUCUGGGUACACAGCUGACUUCAUCCCUAUCCUCCGCUACCUGCCCAACCCUACCCUGAAUAACUUCAAGGACCUUAAUAAGAAGUUCAGCAGCUUCAUUGGGAAGAUGAUCAAGGAACACUACAGAAAAUUUGAGAAGGGUCGCAUCCGGGACAUUACAGACAGCCUGAUUGAGCACUGUCAGGACAAGAGGCUGGAUGAGAAUGCCAAUAUUCAACUGUCAGAUGAGAAGAUCAUUAAUAUUGUUUUGGACAUCUUUGGAGCUGGGUUUGACACAGUCACAACUGCCAUCUCCUGGGGUUUAAUGUACCUGGUGACAAAUCCUAGGGUUCAGAGAAAGAUCCAGGAGGAACUAGACACAGUGAUUGGCAGGGAGCGGCGGCCCCGGCUCUCUGACAGACUCCAGCUACCCUAUAUGGAGGCCUUCAUCCUGGAGCUCUUCCGACAUGCCUCCUUUGUCCCCUUCACCAUCCCCCACAGCACUACAAGAGACACAAAUCUGAGUGGUUUUUACAUCCCCAAGGGGCGUUGUAUCUUUGUGAACCAGUGGCAGAUCAACCAUGACCAGAAGCUGUGGGGUGACCCAUCCAUGUUCCGGCCUGAACGGUUUCUCACUCCCAGUGGCAUUCUGGACAAGACACUAAGUGAGAAGGUCAUUCUUUUUGGCUUGGGCAAGCGCAAGUGCAUCGGAGAGACCAUUGCUCGCUUAGAGGUAUUUCUCUUCAUGGCCAUUCUAAUGCAGCAGUUGGAAUUUAAUGUGUCACCAGGCAUGAAGGUGGACAUGACCCCCAUCUAUGGGCUGACUAUGAAGCAUCCCCGCUGUGAGCACUUUCAAGCACAGGAGCGGUCUUGUGGACCUGAGGGCUCUGCGGCCUAAACUUUGACUGCAGGGAUCUGAGAUACCAUGCCUGAAGGCGAUCACCUUUGUCUGCCUUAUCUCCUGACAGGUGCAAACAGGGCUACCUAUUUGUCAGGCUCCAGUUUCUGUCCAGGAAGGGCUAGCACUUGUAUCUAAGAGGAGCAGAGAGCAGAGAGACUGACACUAGGACCAGGGCUAGAGAGAAGGAGUGGUGUUUCAAUCACCUUCUCCUUGUCUCCCUUCUCUAUGUCUGAAUAAAAUAUUAAACAUAUUUGUAUACAAUGACCUUUUUAUUCUCACCUGCAUUGUAGUUACAUGUGUGCUUUUGUCAUAUAUAAGUGCUUAAGAACCAUUUAUUUGUUGCGACAGAGACAGUUCUAACCCAAGCAUCCAGAAAUGUGCAGGAAAUAUUUACUUGAACUGAAUAAAAAAUGUUAUC